UCGACUUGCCGGCUGACUUGAUCCACUCCGGUUCAUUCCACCGCUCACCAAUAGACCAGAACGAGCACCAACCAGGGGACCAUCCAGCAACCACGAUGUCAUCGACCCUAAUCACUCGACCCUUGAUUUCUCAGAGGGCUGCCCGAUUGAUCGCCAGUCCCCACGCUGCUCGAUCGUUUGGUUCUACUCCGACCACCAAUGAAACCCUUAAAGAGAUCGAGACCCGACUCAAGUCAGUUCGAAACAUUGGCAAGAUCACUAAAUCGAUGAAGAUGAUCGCCACCACCAAAUUAAACAAGGCCCAACGAGCAAUGAACGAUGCCAAAGCUUACGGUGAAGCCAACGCUGUCGUCUUUAAGGAGUCGUCGCUCUCCGAGGAGCUUGCAUCAGGUCCUGAUUCCAAGAAGACCUUAUUUGUCGUCGUCAGCAGUGAUAAAGGUUUAUGUGGUGGGAUUCAUUCCAGCGUUUCUAAGCGCACCCGGGCUGAACUGGGCGAGAACAGCGAGACACAGAUCGUCGUCGUUGGGGACAAGCCAAAAACUCAGCUUAGUCGAAUUGUGCCCAAGAACAUCGUGCUCUCAUUCAACCAGAUCGGCAAACAAGUCCCCAACUUUGCUGAUGCCUGUGUUAUUGCCGAUCUGAUCGAAGAGAAGAAACUUGAUUUUGACAAAGUCAAGCUGAUCCACAACAAAUGGAUCAGUGCUUUGAGUUACGAAUCCACCGUCGUCGAGGUUUACAACGCUGAUACCCUCAAGUUGGCUCCUAAAUUUGCCGCUUACGAGGUUGAGGAUGAUCAAUUAAUCCAAGAUUUGUCCUCGUUUGCCAUGACCAAUGCUAUCUACACUGCCCUUGUCGAGGGCUAUGCCACCGAGAUCUCGGCUCGUCGAAAUGCCAUGGACAAUGCGACCUCGAACUCACAAACAGUGAUCGGUGGAUUACAGAUGAAGUUCAACCGAAUGAGACAAUCUCAAAUCACCAACGAUCUUGUCGACAUCAUCACUGGAGCCAACGCCUUGUGAAAAAGUGACGAUCCAAGUCGAGCUUAAUAGAUUCAAAGAAACAAUCGCUAAGAUUUUCAUCGAUCACAACUGAGCUUGUUACAACAGUCGCUAUCCCUCGUAGAAGAGUAGCCCUUGUUCUACCCACUUGGGCUCCCCUUUUUUUUAAAUAAAAGCAUAUACAUAUAUGAAUGUGAAGAUUUCAGCUUGCCUAAAUAAUCAGCCUUGGCUCAAUUCUGGCGUUGUCAUGUCAUAGUGUUCCUCUUGUCCCUCCCGCUCAUGGCUUUGCGUACUUGACUGAAUAAACCCUGCAACUCGUCUAAUUCGAGGCUGAGCUGAAUGAAUGAGAGCAUGUUGAGGGAACAUAAGA